AUGUCAAGUCCGCUCGGUAAUGGCACUUCCCUCUUUGGUAAUUACCAGUUCGACAUCAGCCAGUUCAAUUUCGCGGACCAUUCCUCCAACGUUCCCCUUGUCAAGAUAUCAUGUACCAUGAUCAUUGUCCUUGUACUCUUAACUGUUGCUCUACGCAUAGUUGCACGACUCAAAUACGUCCACAAAAUAUUCUUUGAUGAUGUCCUCAUCAUAUUUGCUGCGUUAUUUACGGUAGCUCUGGCAGUGGCAUGCAUCGUGGGCACCACUCACGGGCUUGGUCAACAUAUUUGGGUCCUUCCUCUACUAGACGUCCUCGAGAAGUUGAAGAGUAUUAUCUUGGAUCUUUACGUUUGCCAGAUAUUAUACGCCUGUGCAAUCGCGUUGACAAAACUCGCCAUCAUAUCCUCCUAUUUUCGUUUUGUCCCGGACCAAAAAUUCCACACGUGGAUGUACGUGACAAUGUUUCCCGUUGUGGGCUUGUGGAUUACAGGUGUCUUCGUUACCUUUUUUCAAUGUCUCCCAUACUAUGGAGCUUGGGAAUUUAUGGUCGAACGCAAGUGUAUCGACUAUGUCGCCUAUUUGUACGCGAGUUCGGCGGUGAACAUAAUCACCGAUAUUGCCCUUUGUGUACUUCCUUUGCCUUACUUUUGGAGAUUGGACAUGUCGCGAAAGCAACGCAUCAUCCUUUGUAUGCUAUUAGGAGGAGGUGCAAGUGCCUGCAUAGUAGGAAUUAUUCGCAUUUGCUUUCUGCACAGUCUGCAUGCUCUGGACAUCACUUAUAAGAGCGUGCCAUGUCUCAUAAUGAGCGUGAGUGAAUGCAGUCUUGGAAUCAUAUCGGUCAGCAUUCCAGCUAUCCGACCCUUGGCGCGACAACUCUUCCCUGCAGCAAUGCGAGGUAUCACUUCUCCAUCAUCGCGAGCCCGAACUCGGCAAAUCCGCCUCUCCAGUAUACCCCCCUCCGGAGACAGAGUGCCAAUGGAUGCAGAUGAUAAGCAAAAGGUCACAGUAUCGUAUGGGUCGUCGCGUUCGUAA